AAAAGAAUAAGAAAGUCCAACACCCACCUUCCCCACAAAGCAAACCCCGCUACCCCUAGUCGUCUUCCGCCACGGUCACUGGCUCCCGCGCACCCUUGACUCACUGGCGACGGUGCCCAACUGCCUCAUCGCCAAACCUUCCACCAAAGACGGAGCCAAACCAACAUCGUCACCUCCACCUUCCGCAGGACAUGGCGCCCUAAACGACCAGCCGCCCCACCGUUCGCCGGAUAAGGCAGCCUAAUCUACUUGCCGUCCCACCGCCAUGUCGCACGAUGCCUCGAUCCAGGCCGCAAAUGAAACCCACUACGUCCCCACGCUGCCCUGGUUUCCCCGACCUUCACCAGUAGAUAGCUACAACGCAUUCCAUAUCCCACCGUGGAUCCGGUCGCCGACCACCGCCACCCACCGCCCGAUGCAUCACCGCCUUGGUGGAUUCAUUCCGCUCCUCCGUCUCCUGGCUGAUGCCCCUGGCUCAUCUUGCACCUCAUCUCCUCCCUCACGUUGGCAUCAACAAAGACAUGUGGGUUGCUGCAGUCCACUUAGUGCCACACCAGCCAGUAAACUCUUCCAAAACGCAUCUCCAAUCGGCCCCAAUUUCACGUGCAUGGAGGUGGUGCUGCUCCAACGAGCUCUUUCGUCCCCAAACCGUCCACCGAUUGCGGCUGCUGCACCACACAAGUUCCUACCCAUCCUUCUGCGUGCUGCCCCAGCUACCGGUUCGACCUCUGCACUGGAGUAUGCACAUUGCGCGUUUCCCCAGUAUCAUGUCGUCUGCUGCUACAUGCCGCUGCUGGUCUUCAUGAUGCGUCCCUGAACCUGGUCCGGCUUGAAGACCUGUGCAGCGUUGCACGUAUCCUACUCAGUGGUAAGUGUUCUAUCUCUCUCUCUCUCUCUCUCUCUCUCUCUUAACAUCAGAAGUUCAUGUAAAUCGGUUGCAGAGGUUCAGGUAUAUCAAAAAUAAUAACUAUACAAAAACGUUUCACCGUAUAGGGGAGUUGAUGCUCUUCCCGUGUGUGCAUAUAAAGUCCUCACCUACCCAUUUUGCUCUCGAUGGAGGUGAUGUAUUCUUUUCUAUUCACAUGAUGUGCAGGUUCAAGUUUUGUGAGAUUUUGAGCUUCCCUCUCCAUCUACUAGUAGUGCCCACAACUUGUUUCUGUAUAUGCCUUAAACAAAAAAGUGUGUUUUCCUCCAUUGUUUGAUCUUCUGAUUGGUAUUGGGGUGACAUGGUUGUAAAUCAGUCCUCAAUGUUACCAUGUAUAGAUACUGACUUGGUAGAAGUUAGUGCAACAUAUUGUGUAAAGAAUUCUUUGUUCUGUACGAAUCAAGAAAAUGUAAUUGAGA